AGAACAUUCUCCGGCCCACGGCACCAGGCCGCGUCCACGGCCGGCCAAUCUGAGUUGGGCCGAAUCACGCUUCGCUAGAGAAAGAAGGAAUAGCCCAGCGACGGGCCGGCCGACAGAGGCAGCUCAGCAGCGCGCGCGCGACCCACUGAUCCGCGACCGCCGCCGCCAUGCGAGGGCUGCUCUCCUCUUCCUCCACUCUCCUCCGACAAGCCGCCGGCGCCGCCGCCCAGCUCUCCCGCGCGGGCUGGAGUAACGCCACAACAUCCGCACCCUCUCCUCUCCGCCGCUUUCCCCACCAGAAUGGGAAAAGAGAGGCAUUUUGUUCUUUUUGGUCUAAAGGUCGUUCGAUGUCAACCACAGUUGAUAUGCAGAUAGACUAUGAGACUGAUAUCCCACUUGAUGAAGCAAAAGCUCUUGAGAAGGAGUCAUCACUAAAUGUUGCUGUCUCUCAACUUGCAAGUGAUUUUGAUAGAGAAUCUAAUCUAUGUUUGGAGCGAUUUUCCCGUACAAGACGUGCAUCUGUCAUCUCUACUGGUUCUCUUAAGCUUGAUCUUGCUCUCGGCAUUGGAGGAUUACCAAAGGGUAGAAUGGUGGAGAUAUUUGGGAAAGAGGCAUCUGGGAAGACAACACUUGCACUUCAUGUUGUCAAGGAAGCUCAAAAGAAUGGAGGUUAUUGUGCUUAUAUUGAUGCAGAAAACGCUUUUAACCCUUCAUUUGCAGAAGCCAUUGGUGUAGACAGUGAAAGGCUCUUAAUAGCCCAACCUGAUUCCGCUGAAAAUUCUUUGAGCAUUGUAAACACUCUUGUUGGUGGAUCUGUUGCUGUUGUUGUUGUGGAUAGUGUGGCAGCACUUAUUCCCAAAUGUGAAAUAGAAGGCGAAAUAUACACUAAUUCUGAAGACAUUCAAUCCCGUUUGAUGACUCAGGCGCUUAGGAAAAUUCAGUACACUUUGUGUCGCUCUGAAUCACUUAUUAUUUUUGUGAAUCAGGUCAGAACAAAGUUGAGCUCAAAUCCGUUUCCUGGGAUCUACAAGGAGGUGCCUUGCGGUGGUAACGCGUUAGGAUUUUAUGCUGCAGUCAGAAUGAGGACUUCAAGAAGGGAACUGCGCUAUAGUGAAGACCAGGCUACUGGCAUUGGUAUAUCAGUGCAGAUCAUCAAGAACAAAUUAGCACCAGCGAGUCUGAAGGAAGCCAGCAUCGACAUCAGAUUUGGGAAGGGGAUCUGCCAUGAAUCUGAGAUCCUGGAGAUGGCUUCCUCUGUCGGAGUUGUUGUGAAGGAUGGAUCUGGGUAUUGGAUCAACGGCGUGUUCCUGCCUGGCAAGGCGGAUGCUGAGAAAUUCCUACAUGAAAACGCUGGUGUGGCAGAUGAGAUCUGCAAUACCGUGAGAAAUCAGUUCCUUCAAAGGUGACAAACGGAGGCCUCUGGAAGUUGGCUGACUGACUCUGAAGUUUUCUCGUCAGUCGUCACCUUGAUUGGGUACAGUUUUUAUGACAUCUGAGAAGAAAAUUGGGGCGCACUGCACUGCCAGGGAUAGUGUCUAAUUUAUCAUGUACUCUACAAAGGAAGUGCGAUUAAACGAUUAUGAUCAAUUAGAGAGGUUAAUGCAUUGUUAGUCGAGUUUUCUUGAUCUCGUCGUGAGGCAUUGAGUUGGCAUUGUUGUAUCAUGUAUGCAUAGGAGAUUUAUAUAGGAUACCAUUGUAUUCUCUGUAACCUAGGUAGUUUUUUGGUGUUGAAUCGAGGGCCAUUCCCUCCAAUGCUGCCAGUUCCUAUGUUAGUUAAAUGUGAAUUCAGUUUCAGGUUCCUGUUGUUACUGCUUGAGAACCUGGAAUUCCAGCUUUGAAUACAUGCGUGUGCUGUCCACAAGAACUGGCGUACAAGACUAGCUGCAUUACAUUGAUUAAUUUGAUUGUUUCAUGUGUGACACGGUCAUGGAACGUAGCGGACAUUGCCAAGAAACUGGGUUUAGAGCAAGACAAGCGAUCAAACUUCAUGGCUCAGUUUGGGAACUUUGCGACUAAUGUGGAGGGUGUGUUUGCUGCUGGAGACUGCAGGCGUGGACAAUCACUGGUUGUUUGGGCAAUCGCAGAGGGGAGGGAAGCUGCGGCAGCUGUUGACAAGUACCUGUCAAGAGAGAGAACAAAUGCCGCUGAGGACGUUGCUGCCCCAAGUCCAAGUGAAGGUCUGGUUCAACCUGUCGCGGCAUAAGCAAAGAAAGCAUUUCUGUAACUUCUUUUUGUAGAUACGUGUUUCUAUGUCAGUGCUGAGAAAACAAAUUGCAGCUUUUUAGCUGUAAAAACAAUAAAGAAAGGGCUCGUUUAGCAUAGAGAAAUGAGAACCCCUGUGUUAUAAAUUAUAGGUAGUAGGUUGACAGCAGUAGGAAAUUCUUUUGGGUGCAUAUAUGCUGUUCUUUCCUGCUUCUUCUUGAGAAGAAAUGCCGGGUUUGUAGUUGUAGGAUCAACGUAUAUCUUAUAGAUGCAAAAUUUGUUAGCAAUUAUUUAUUGAACUGUAUCUCUCUUUGUAUCUCUUCUCGGGUGCAUGUAUAGAACUGAUACUACUACACAAAAACUCUGGUGCGUUUGGAAUUU